AUGGCAUCGGUGGUGGACCAGCACCAGAACACCAACAACAAUGGGCUGCCGGCCGCAGAUCCGGAAUCAGCUCACGCCGAAACGACGCGCCCGCGCAAACGUCGCAGGCGAACAGUUGCCUGCACCCAGUGUCGCACGCGGAAAUUGAAAUGCGAUCGCGAGUAUCCGACAUGUGGCCGCUGUCUAAAGAGCCGUACUCCAGGGCGAUGCACAUAUGAAGACAGCUUUGUGUGGCAGCAGCCAAAGACCGUCCCGUCCUCUUCGUCCACCAGCCCGGCCGCCGUUCUCGAUCGUCUGGGCAAUGGGAGCAACAGCCAUAAUAACAACAACAAAAGUGGCAGCCAGAUCUCUCUCCCCCCGGCGAGCAGCAUUGCGGCCAUCUCGCCGCAGCCGUCCGGCGCUUCGGCUUCCCUCUCGACUCGCGCAUAUGCUCUUCCGCCGCCCGCAGGACCAUCCCGACCCCGGUUUCUAGAUACCGUUCUGGAUGCGCCGAAUCCCUCUGCUGCCAACACCUGGAUGUCGAUUCCGGAAAAUGAAGUAAAUGGAUAUGCCCGUAAUAAUCAUCACUACCAUGAUCAUGACCACCAAGAUAGUAAUGACCAGAUCCUGGCGUCGCCUUCUCAGAAGCUGGAGUUCCCUAACAAGUUUGCCAUCCGGGGCAAGGAAACGAGAACUCGCUUUAACGGGAACGGAAUCUUUGCGAACCUGUUUCUCCAAUUCCCUCACCUCAAAUCGUUUCUCGGUGAGCUCAAGGCAAACCCUCUUAUCAAGCGCCUGCGAUGUGGUUACGAUACAAAACGGAAUUCUAUGAAGAUAAAAACAAAGGAGCCUAUACCAGACUUAAACACUGCAAUCUUGAUAUCUUUACUCCCCCACAAAAAUGUUGUCGAAGAGCUAUUCCAGCUGUACCUGGUCUAUGUUGAACCCUUCCAUAGAGUCAUCCAUAUCCCUACUUUCCGCCGAGAACUCUCCGAAUUGUGGCCUCGAAUAGACACACCCGACAUGGUUUCCGCUGCUUUCGUUUCCCAGCUUCUAUUGAUUCUUGCUGCUGCUACUGCAUUUGUCGAGGGAGAGCGCCCUAUUGUCUUUUCAGACUCAAGUGUUAUCCAUCGGUAUCAGAUCGUGAACUGGAUCCGGUAUGCGGAAAGAUGGCUGGAGACGUCCAACAUAAAGCGCCCGGACCUUACCAUUCUGCGCAUCCACUGCUUGAUCAUUAUAGCGCGAAACACACAGGGCCUAAAGCGUAGUAGCGCUUGGCUAGCAACAGGCCACCUCGUGAAGCUUGCCAUGACCGCGGGCUACCACCGGGACCCCGAUAAUGUAUCGCGUAUCUCGGUCUUUAACAAAGAAAUGAGAAGGCGCAUGUGGGCUACCAUUGUGGAGCUGGACAUCCAGGUAUCCCUAGACAGAGGCUUGGCUCCGUCAGUACAAGCCUCUGCUUUUGAUUCUGCGGCGCCAUUGAAUAUCAAUGAUGAUGAAAUCAACGAAAACACGACCGAGGAACCCCGCUCGAAGCCCUUGCAAGAAUUCACCGACUGUACAUUCACUUGUGCCCUUGCACAAUCACUUCCACUCAGACUGAAGAUUGGUGGCUUGAUGAAUUCAAUAGUGGUGUCGUGUUCUUAUGAUGACAUCCGGAGACUUGAAUGGGAACUGAGCUGUCUUCAAGCUGGCCUCCCAGUGUGGCCGGCAAUUGCCGAUCAGCAAACUAACCAGAAAAUCAGUCUCGCGAGGGCCUAUAUCGAAACUAAACUUGAUCAAGGGCUGCUAGCCAUCCAUACCCCGUUCGCAGUUGAAGCGAAUGAGGAUCCUUUGUUCGAACCUUCAGCUAGAAUGUGUCUCGAAGCUGCUGCUCAGAUUCUCUCACGACAGCUGAAAUUCCAAGAAACGUCACCCCAACUCUCGACCGCCCAUCUUUCUGAUAGUGUGAUCCAAUCCGCCAUGUCUGUGCUGCAGCAUCUUCACUCAACCCGUAUCGGCUUUACAUCUCCUCUACUUCGCGAGAUGGUUCCUGGCAUCACUGAUAGUCUGCUCGAUCUCAUUGAUAGGAUCAUGUUUUGCAUUGAAAACAGACAGCCGAUGAUCAUCAAGGGUCUCAAACAGUUUUUUAUUCUCAACAUGGUUUUAUCCGCCGUCAAAGCCCAACUAUUCCCGCAUCAAGCAGAGAUGCACAAGCAAUUAGCCAUUGACCGCAUGACGGCGCUUGGCCAGAAGAUGAUUGCACGCGAUAUUGAAGGAAACACCGACGGGGUUGACUUGCCAUCGGCAUCCCAAGUCCCUAGUCUCGCGUCAGCCGCUGGUCAGACUCCACUUGAAAGCAUACCGAGUUCUUUAGAAGGAAGCAGUAACAUCGGAGACUUGAUGCUGACACCGCCGGAUGAUUUCAACGCUCUUUUGCAAAUGUUUGACUGGGAGGACUUUUCGACCAUGCCAUAUUCGCUGUAA